AUGAAGGCCUCGCUCUUCCUCGCCUUCCAGGCCGCGCUGACUGCGGUCCUGGCCGCGCCCGCCCGUGACCGCGUCCGUCGCGACACCAAGGAAUUCGACCUCGUCGCGGCACCGGAGGCGGACGUGGCGGCCCUGCUCGCCGAGGUCAACCUCAACGCCGACAUGGACGACGUGAAGGCGACGUACAACAACACGCUGUUCAAGGGCUUUUCGGGCAGUCUCACCCAGGAGGAGGCCGACUUCCUCAACGCCAAGAGUGAGGUCUUGGUCGUCGAGCCCGUCGUCCCCAUCUACGCGCUCGCCACCCGCGGCAGCGCGCCGUGGGGACUGCAGCGCAUCUCGCAGACGGCGAGGGUGUCGGGGAGCGCGAGCGCGAGGACGUACACGUACACGUACGACGACACGGCGCUCGGCCGUGGCGUGGAUGUCUAUGUUGUCGACACGGGCAUCUACACUUCUCACUCCGAGUUUGGCGGACGGGCGAGGGCCGGAUACACCGUCUUUUCGUCCAACACGGAUGACAAUGGGCACGGAACUCACUGCGCCGGAACCAUCGCCGGCUCGACCGUCGGCGUCGCCUCCAACGCCAACCUGAUCGCCGUCAAGGUCCUCGACAACCUCGGCUCCGGCACCUCCACCGGCCUCAUCUCCGGCCUCGACUACGUCGCCUCGACGCACAACACGCGCAAGUCGGCCAGCAACUUCAUCGCCUCCGUCGCCUCCAUGUCGCUCGGCUUCCAGAGCCGCUCCACCGCCGUCGAGACCGCCGUCCGCAACCUCGCGGGCGCCGGCGUGCACACCGUCGUCGCCGCCGGCAACUCCGCCACAAACGCGUGCACGCAAUCGCCCGCCGCCCUCGGCGGCACCGGCUCCACCACCGUCCUCGGCAUCGGCGCCUCCAACAUCAACGACGCCGUGUCAUCCUUCUCCAACACCGGCCCCUGCGUCGACGUCUUCGCGCCCGGAGAAGGCGUCGUGUCGGCGUCCAACGCCGGCGCCAACUCGUACCAGAGCCUCAGCGGCACCAGCAUGGCGACGCCGCACGUCGCGGGCUUGGUCGCGUAUCUCGCGGUGGGCAACGCGGGGCUCAGGCAGAGCCCGAGCGGGAUGAAGGCGGCGGUGAAGAGCGGGGCGGUGAGUGGGGUGUUGACGAGGAAUUCGGCGUAUGUUAGUGGGGGGAACUUGGUGUUGGCGAAUAAUGCGGCGUAA